AUGGUUGCCCGCUUGUGUAGGGUUUUGCCCGGAAAAAGCUCUUUCAUUAGACGGUAUGCUGUUCAAAGUUCCAACUCAGGUUCGGAAUCGUCCCAGGAGCAUCCUUGGCCCAAAAAUAGUCAUCCCACACCGUACGAAAUUUUUGGUCUUCCUCCAGGGCAAGUUGAGCCACGUCACUUGAAAAAAAAGUACCAUGCCAUGGCCAAAAUCUACCAUCCCGACAUCUCCAGUGGUAUCAACGUGAUGCAGGACAAUACCACCGAAAGUCACCACAGCUAUCGUAUCGAUGAAUCUGCGCUUCUGUCCCCUCAGGAUAGACUGAGCCGAUUUCAAGUGAUGAACGAGGCAUACGAGCUUUUGAAAGACUCCCGCAAGAAAAGCGCAUACGACCGUUUCCGCACAGGCUGGCUGUAUGCUCCUGCAAGUGUCAGAAACGCUGCUUAUACUUCAGCUGCAGCAACAGCUCAUGGAUAUCAUAACAACCAUAACUACGAAUACUGGAAUGCAGGCACUUGGGAAGACGUGAACAGGAUGCAUGACUCCGAUCCCGACAAAAAGCUUUCUCUUUGGGUGGUUAUCGCCUGGAUAUGUGGACUUGUGGUCUGCGUACAGUGUACUGCCUUGUUGACACGAAUUGAAGAAACGCUCACCAAGGGUCAUUUAUCGCAUGAUGAAACUGAAAACGAUUUGAUUCAGGCAUACGUGAACUAUGGACUCGACACAGAUAAGUGGUCCAGAUUAAGACGGUUUUUGUGGUUCAGAACAUAUGGAAUGUAUAAAUCCAAAGACGACUUAGACAGAGAAGCUCAGAAAAACGAAAAAAUCGUACAAGAGCUCAAGAGUAAGGAACUAAGUCGAUAG